GUCUUCGUGUGCCAAGAACGUUUAGUGCUCCCGAUAUCGAUUUUAUAUUCCCAGAUUGAUUCGCUGUGUGACGUUCGACAGUUACAACGAACAAUAUCCUAUUUUACAGUCGUAACCACAAAUUACGCGACAAGUCAAAGUGGAGACGCGAAUCAAAUAAAUCGAACUGAACUGAACUUGGAGCGCCUAUUACCUACGAGUUCCAGUACGGACGUUCGUAACAGUAAAGGCGCGCCUCUACAACAAGGAAUACGUUAAUCAGACACGCUGACUGGCGCUCGGCCAAAUUUGCAACCGCAGGUAUCAGGAAGUUGCUGAACGAGGGUUGUUGACAUACAGGACGGAAUGGAACACCGUAUCGAGACGGAAGUUAUAGCUACAGAAGUUGUGAAAACUGGAGGAGAAUCGAACGAUCGGCCAAUUGUCGGUAUUCUGACACAGGAGAUAGAUUAUAACUUAAAUAAAAAAUAUCCCAAUCAGUAUCACAGCUACAUCGCUGCAUCGUACGUAAAAUUCGUGGAAGGUGCUGGUGCUCGACCUGUCCCGAUUUGGAUUGGCGAAAAUGAUUCGUACUAUGAAGAUAUUUUAAAUAAAGUUAAUGGAGUUCUCUGGCCGGGAGGUUCGACGUAUUUCUUCCAGAGAGAAGGAUACGCCGAUGCGGGCACCACAAUUUACAGAAUUGCGAAGGAAAUCAACGAAAGAGGCGAAUACUUCCCGAUAUUUGGUAUCUGCCUUGGCUUCGAGCUCUUGACGUACGUCGCAGCAAAUCGCGUCGAGCACAGAACGUCAUGCUCUAGCAGCAAUCAGCCUCUUCCGCUAGAAUUUACGGAUGACUUUAGAGAAAGCAAUUUGUUCAAAGAUGCCCCACCGAACGUUUUGAGAAUUUUGUCUGAAGAGAAUGUCACGGCAAAUUAUCAUCAUUUUUGCGUCACGAAGAAGGAUUUACACCGUGUCAACUUAAGUGAUGAAUUUCAUGUGUUAUCAUUAAAUCGAGAUAAAAAAGGCUUGGAGUUCAUCUCCUCAUUGGAGCAUACGCAAUAUCCGUUCUACGGAUUACAAUUCCAUCCGGAAAAAAAUCUAUACGAGUGGGUGACCGGCAAGAACAUUCCUCAUGGAAUUGAUGCUACUAUAGUAUCUCAAUAUUUCGCUAAUUUUUUCGUUAAUGAGGUUCGUAAGAAUUCGCACGAAUUUAGAACGAAACAGGAGGAAGAGCAAAGUCUGAUCUACAAUUAUCCAGUUACUUACACAGCGUUGAAGAAUUCGACUUUUCAACAAUGUUAUAUGUUUAAGAAAAGUGAUCGCAAUGACCUCCUUAUAGAAAAUAAUGUAUAAAGUUCAGCUUAAAUUUUAUUCUUAAGGUAGGAAACAACACACACGUCGCACGGUUUCUUUUUCAUGUACAAAUAUCAUAUCCUCUCUUAUACAAAACCAUUCUGUGAACGAAUUUCUACUUGCGUGAACGCAUGACAGAUGAAUACCACAGGACUUGUUAAUUGUUUUACGGAUUAUCGAAUAUCGUUAGUACGAUGAGACGGCACUGGGGAACACACAAACAAAAGAUUGGUACGCGUUAAUUUCCACAUUUAACAUAACACCAGUGUAUAUUGUGUCACAACUGGGAUACAUAAUAUUACAAUGGUGCAUAAUAAAAUUCUAUACAUAUUUUCGUUCUAUCUAAAGUAAAUAAUAUUUUUUUGAAUUCUUUUUUUCCUUCACCACGUUUUUCUCACUCUGAGCCGAAGCGUCGGCUGGUUCUACGUAUAGACGCAUGAUGUUGCGCUGCAACUCUAGCGUGACAUAAGUCGCAGAGAACGACGGAAAACGACGAUGUCCAGGACACCGACGUUACGACAACGUCAACACUGUAUACGCACUCGCUUCGACCCAAAACGUCGAACGCUUGGAUCCUGACUGCCAUUAAUCUUCAUC